UUCAAACUUCACACAUUUACCACCAGCACCAGAAUUUAGUGAAUUUUAUGGGACCUGUUCAAUCUUUGUCGUAAGCAAAUAAUAUAAAAGGAAAAGAUUAAUGUAUGAUAUAGCCACCGUUAGCAAAAUAUAAGUUAAUAAUUCCAAACAAUGGACACCAUAUCCAAAUCCAAGUCAAACUUUAAGAGUGAUAAUCCUCCUGAUGACUCUACUCCCAAAAAGAAACACAAGAAAGAGCAUAAACACAAACACAAAAAGCAUAAUUUGGAGAAGAACGAAAAAGUUAAGACUAAAAAGCAUAAGAAACAUAAGAAACCCAAACACAAAGAUGCAGAUACACCAGAUGAUACAAGUGGAAGGUAUACUCCAGUCCCAAAGAGCAAUGGUAAUGGAGUCGUUGUCAAUGGCUCUACAGACCCUGAUACAGUUUCUGAUGCAUUAAUAUCAGGUUUAGUUGCGGAAAAAUCUCAAGAAGCAGUGUCAUCAGAAAGCGAGGAUGUAGCAGAAGCAGAUUGUGACAGUGUCGACAUUGACAUGAACGUUAUAGAGGCUGAUAUGGAUCUGGAAGAAUUAAUGAAGCAAAAGGAGCUGCUCCAAGCCCAACUUGCAAAAGCGGAAGGAAGUUUAACUGAUGAUAUUAAAGAGAAGGAAGGUGAAGUUAUAUUGUUAGAGGAUUCAGAUGAUCAGGAGCUAAUUGCGCCCAAGAGAAAAAGGUCUAGAAGCCGAGACAGAAAAAUAGAAGUUAGAAAUAAGGAUGAUUCUAGGAAAAAGUGUAACAGAACAAGGGACUUUUAUUCUUAUAGGGAACAAGACAGGAGAGAUAGAUACCCCCGAGAUCAAGACCGUUACAGAAGCAGACACGAAAGGGAGCGUUCACGCGAGAGAUCAACACAUUAUGAUUCAUUACGGCAUAGAUCCCGGGAGAGAUCUAGGGACAGACGAUUUAAAGACUCACGCAGUUAUAGUCAUAAAGAUAGGCACAGAGCAGAUGGAGACUAUAAUAAAAGACACAGGGACUCUGGUAAAUCUAGGAGUGAAAAACAUGAUAAGUAUAAGGACUCAUUGAGCGAAGGUCAGAAACGUCAAGAAAGUACUGACAGUAGUGAUGUCGAGGUUGAUAUUGAUUUGAAAGAGGAUGAAGAUGAAGAAACUAUUAUUGAGAGAAGGAGGAAGCAAAGAGAAGAAUUACUCAAGCGUCUUGGAGCAGACGAUCCACGUUCAACCAUCUCAAGAUCUCAAUCUCCUGAAGUCCAAAUUAUUGAACAAAAUCCAGCUGUAGUUCCAGACGUUCCUAAAACAGAAACGACAAAUGAGCAAAUAUCGGACACGCCCAAACCGCAAUCAGACGUAGAAAAACAAGAUGAAGAAUCAUUGACUCCUCCACUCUUGCCUAACAUGAAAACUGUUGCUCAAACUUCUGCCGAUAAAAAGAUUGAUAAAAAGAGAGCCGAUUGGGAUAUGUUCGCAGAACAGGACAUAUUUAAAGUUAACACUGCCUCACCAAGCACAAUAACUACCAAGGGUUCGGCCGCCGAAAAUCCAGCACUUACAGACAAUUGGGACGAUGCGGAAGGGUAUUAUAGAGUUCGCAUCGGAGAAAUACUAGACUCUAGGUACAUGGUGUAUGGGUAUACAGGUCAAGGUGUAUUCAGCAACGUUGUCAGAGCACGAGAUCAAGCUCGUGGCAAUCAGGAUGUAGCUGUGAAGAUUAUUCGAAACAAUGAAAUAAUGCACAAGACCGGCUUAAAAGAGUUGGAAAUACUGAAAAAGCUAAAUGAUGCCGAUCCAGAAGACAAACUUCAUUGUCUUCGACUAAUACGACAUUUUUUCCAUAAGCAACAUCUGUGUAUGGUUUUUGAACCUUUAGCGAUGAAUCUUCGAGAGGUUUUGAAAAAAUACGGAAAAGAUGUGGGUCUGCACGUGAAGGCAGUCCGAAGUUAUACUCAGCAGUUGUUGUUGGCGUUGAAAUUACUGAAAAAGUCUGGCAUAUUACACGCAGAUAUCAAACCCGAUAACAUUCUUGUCAACGAAAGUAAACACCUUCUUAAACUGUGCGAUUUUGGUUCGGGGUCAAAGAUAAACGAAAACGAAAUAACCCCUUAUUUGGUGUCGAGAUUUUACAGAGCUCCCGAAAUCAUCCUCGGCAUGACUUACGACUACGGCAUCGACAUGUGGUCCGCAGCCUGCACCAUCUACGAAUUAUAUACGGGAAGAAUAAUGUUUUCUGGCAAAUCCAACAACCAGAUGUUGAAAUUUUUCAUGGACGUCAAAGGGAAAUUUCCGAAUAAAGUGAUAAGAAAAGGGGCAUUUAAGGAUCAACAUUUCGACUCUAAUUAUAAAUUUUUUGUAUCAAGAGAUCGAUAAGGUCACUGAACGGGAAAAGGUCGUAGUUAUGUCUGUGGUAAAAGUAUCACGUGACUUACAUUCGGAACUUAUAGCAGGCCAGAGCUUACCUACAGAACAACUACGCAAAGUAACCCAGCUCAAGGACCUUCUGGAAAAAGCGUUGGCGAUCGAUCCCGCCAAAAGGAUAAGCCUGAACAAUGCGUUGACGCAUCCGUUUAUUCAAGACAAGAUCUAGAAAAGGUUUAGAGAGGUAAACUAUGUGAAGAAAUCCAAAAAAAGUUUAUAAUUUUUUUUAAAUGCAUUUUACACCGCACAUAUUUGGCCUGUAUAUAUAGUAAUGACUAUGAUGUAAUCAUAUUUAAAUAAAAUUAUGUUCGUUUUAUAAAUA